AUGCCUUUUACCCUCGAUCAUCUGAUCAGAUUGACCAGUCCCCGACUUUAUCGUGGGGGCUUGAUAAAAUUGCAAUGCCGAUCUUUAAAAUCCCUCUUCUCUAGAAUCAAUGAGGACAAAGAACGUGGGUGGAUGAGCCGGUUUGUCCGAGUCAAGACCUCCGAUCUGAUUCCUGCUGAUUGGAUGCUGUUCCUCGAGGAGUGGAACAUGAAACGUCUUGGAGACGCCAUUGAAUUGAGGCCGGGCCCAACUGGUGAAGUGGAGGCUCCGAAGCUUCCCAAAGAAAGAAAAAAGAGGAGAGAGUCAUCUGAAAAUCCCCCGAAGCUAAAGAAAAGCUUGGCUCGAAGGCCUAAGGAGGAAGAAGAAGAUGACGAUUGCCUGCUGGUAAACCGUAAAAGAAAAAAUGUCGAUGCUUUGAAGCCCACCGAACCAGUAGUGGUUGAUCUGGCUCAUUCCAGAGCCGAAGCAAUCUCCGAAGGGAGUUCAAACAAAGUCCCCGAACCAUCGUCCAGAAAGAAAGCGCCUCGCUCAGGAGAUCAUUAUGAGGGCGAUGCCGAACAACUUGACCCCGAGCCUCUUCAAAUAAAAGAGAAUGCCCCGAGUGGAUCUCUCGGGGUGAUCAACGUGGAUGAUUCUCCUCCUGGCCCCGAGUUCUCCGAGGGACAAAUCCAGGAGGCUCUGAAUAUGAGGUCUUCUGAGGUGGAAGCAAGUCAUGAAGGGCAUGACAUCUUUCAAGAAUGUCUCGUAGGGCUUGAAGAUGGCCCCGACCCCGAUGCUUCUUUCAUUUUUGAUGAGGCUCGUAAACUCUUUAAACAAGCUGUGGUGCUCCAUAAAAAGGCAUUUUCCAAGUCUCGAGACGAUCUUGCUCGAUGCGAGGCUGAACUUAAGAAUACUUUAGAGGAGAGGGGCGCCGUCAAAGCCCUUUAUGCUAAGAAAGAGGUAGAGAUCUAUGAUCUUCGAGUCGAGUUGAUGCAGGCGUGCCAAGGUCGAGCCGAGUAUGUUGAGAAGUUCUAUCAGAAGGCUGAUUUGGAGGCGCAACUUCGGGAGGAGCUUAAGACGAAAGAAGCCGAGGCCCUGAGGUGGAGGCAGGGUAUGGACGAUCUCGCCUCUGAGAAGGAAACUUUAAAAGAGCAGUUAGCUUCGCCCGAACGCCAGCUUCGAGGUGCGAAGGAGGAGAACCUAGAGACAAUCCCGGAGGAUGACCCUCGAGGAGAUACAUGCUCGCGGCUUCGAUCUUUCAGCGAUAUUGAAGCGGAGAAGAUUUUGGAAGAAGAGACGGCCGUUCUGCUUUCCGAUGAAGAUGAUUCAGCCAGUGUCUCCGAGAGUGAAGGAGACGGGGAUGAAGUCCCCGAGGGCGAGGCUCCUAAAGAUGUGACUCCUGAAGAUGCAGCUGCUAAGGAUGUGACCCCGAAGUAG